AGUCGGAGCUUGGUAUUGAACUACUAGGUAAAAUCCUUGAGCCAAAGUCUGAUCCAUCAAUAGUUGGUUCUCCGGUAGCUGACUGUCCGUACAUCAUGUUUAGAGCCGCCGUCCGACUUUCAGUGUCUGGUGCCCGGAGUUUGACACGGACACAGCUCAGGUGUACAGCUCCCCUGGCCCAGAGGUGUUACUCCCAUGGUGGGAAGCAGGAGACUGACGAGGAGUUUGAUGCCCGCUGGAUCACCUAUUUUAAUAAGGCAGAUAUUGAUGCAUGGGAGCUGAGGAAAGGGAUGAACACGCUGAUUGGGUACGACCUGGUGCCUGAGCCUAAGAUCCUGGACGCAGCCCUCAGAGCCUGCCGCAGGUUAAACGACCUGGCUAGUGCCAUCCGUAUCCUGGAGGCUGUCAAGGACAAAUCUGGCCCCCACAAAGACAUCUACCCAUACUUAAUUCAGGAGCUGCGGCCAACACUAGAUGAACUUGGUAUCUCCACACCUGAAGAGCUUGGCAUGGACAAAUUAUAGAUGGGGCUGCUGUUGUCUCUGGGACUCUCGGGGCUGCUGUUGUCUCUGAGAACUUUGUACUUCGUCUUUGCCUCGUAUAAUGUGUGAUAUUUAAUUUGGGCCUUUAUUAAGUUAUUUUGCUUGUAAAAUAUUGAUGAACCUAAUAAAGGGAAAAAAAUACUUUUUCUUGAA